AUGCGGUAUGGAAGAAAUCACACAGUGUGUACGACGAUGAAAGCUUGUAAACUCUCUAGAUGUGCGACACAAGGAUGUCACAAUAUUUCACAUGUUCAUUUCCGCAAUAUUGCAGUCAUUCUUAGCAAGCGUCUUCGUAAUCGACGUCAGGAAAAAGCAAUACUUAAUCCUUUAUUUUACGAUCCUCUGCAAAUAUCAAUUUUUGAAAAAGAAGAACCAGGCGCAUUUUGUGGUGGUCAGGAUGAUUUAUUGCACGACAUACGGAUUAAAGUACAGGAAACAGAAGGAAUAAUUCCACAAUUGCUGCGUAAAGGGUCUUUUUUGCAAGAGCGGUAUUUGUAUGCACGAAGUGAUUGCUUAGGCAAAUGUAUGAUAUUCGGUAAUGAUAUAGGAUGUGAAAUGGUGCCAGAGCAUGAUAUGGAAGUAAUUAAGACUGCUGUAUUCAAGCGUUUAGAACAUAUGGUAUUCUUCCAGUGCAGAGAGUAA